ACAACAAGGAAAUCAGUUGAGUUUCAGAGAAACCAGCUGCUAAGAGCACACCAGGCCUUCCGGCGUGGGUACCUGCUGGCUUGGGCCUCUGUGCGGCUGCUGGCAUACCCAGAACCAGCUUUUUGUUGGCGUUGGGGACCAGAGACCUGUGGCCCAUUUGCCUUGAUAUCAACUGCACAUCCUCAGGGUUCCGGCCGAGGCGCAGGGGCGGCGGCGGCGAUGCCGGACCCCGCGGCGCACCUGCCCUUCUUCUACGGCAGCAUCUCGCGCGCCGAGGCCGAGGAGCACCUGAAGCUGGCGGGCAUGGCCGACGGGCUCUUCCUGCUGCGCCAGUGCCUGCGCUCGCUGGGCGGCUACGUGCUCUCCCUCGUGCACAACGUGCGCUUCCACCACUUCCCCAUCGAGCGCCAGCUCAACGGCACCUACGCCAUCGCCGGCGGCAAGGCGCACUGCGGCCCCGCCGAGCUCUGCGAGUUCUACUCGCGCGACCCCGACGGGCUGCCCUGCAACCUGCGCAAGCCGUGCAACCGGCCGUCCGGGCUCGAGCCGCAGCCCGGGGUCUUCGACUGCCUGCGCGACGCCAUGGUGCGCGACUACGUGCGCCAGACGUGGAAGCUGGAGGGCGAGGCCCUGGAGCAGGCCAUCAUCAGCCAGGCUCCCCAGGUGGAGAAACUCAUUGCCACGACAGCUCAUGAGCGGAUGCCCUGGUACCACAGCAGCCUGACACGCGAGGAGGCAGAGCGCAAACUCUAUUCGGGCUCGCAGACCGACGGCAAGUUCCUGUUGAGGCCCCGGAAGGAGCAGGGCACGUAUGCACUGUCCCUGAUCUAUGGGAAAACAGUGUACCACUACCUCAUCAGCCAGGACAAGGCAGGCAAAUACUGUAUUCCUGAGGGGACCAAGUUUGACACGCUCUGGCAGCUGGUAGAGUACCUGAAGCUAAAGGCAGAUGGGCUCAUCUACUGCCUGAAGGAUGCCUGCCCCAACACCAACGCCAGCUCAGAGGCUGCUGCUCCCACACUUCCAGCCCACCCAUCCACAUUCACCCAGGCUCACAGGCGGAUUGACACCCUCAACUCAGAUGGAUACACCCCUGAACCAGCACGCCUAGCAUCCUCAGAGAAAGCACAGUCAAUGCCCAUGGACACGAGUGUGUAUGAGAGCCCCUACAGCGAUCCUGAGGAGCUCAAGGACAAGAAGCUCUUCCUGAAGCGUGAGAACCUCCUCAUGGCUGACAUAGAACUCGGCUGUGGCAACUUUGGCUCAGUACGCCAGGGCGUCUACCGCAUGCGCAAGAAGCAGAUUGAUGUGGCCAUCAAGGUGCUGAAGCAUAGCACGGAGAAGACAGACAAGGAUGAGAUGCUGCGCGAGGCACAGAUCAUGCACCAGCUGGACAACCCCUACAUCGUGCGGCUCAUCGGUGUCUGCCAGGCCGAGGCCCUCAUGCUCGUCAUGGAGAUGGCGGGCGGCGGGCCCCUGCACAAGUUCCUGCUUGGGAAGAAGGAGGAGAUCCCCAUCAGCAAUGUGGCAGAGCUGCUGCACCAGGUGUCCAUGGGGAUGAAGUACCUGGAGGAGAAAAACUUUGUGCACCGUGACCUGGCAGCCCGCAAUGUCCUGCUAGUCAACCGGCACUAUGCCAAGAUCAGUGACUUUGGUCUCUCCAAGGCACUGGGUGCCGACGACAGCUAUUACACUGCCCGCUCAGCGGGGAAGUGGCCACUCAAGUGGUAUGCGCCCGAGUGCUUCAACUUCCGCAAGUUCUCCAGCCGCAGUGACGUCUGGAGCUAUGGGGUCACCAUGUGGGAGGCCUUCUCCUAUGGCCAGAAGCCCUACAAGAAGAUGAAGGGGCCUGAGGUCAUAGCCUUCAUUGAGCAGGGCAAGCGGAUGGAGUGCCCCCUAGAGUGUCCACCUGAAAUGUACACACUCAUGAAGGACUGUUGGAUCUACAAGUGGGAGGACCGCCCAGACUUCCAAGCUGUGGAGCAGCGCAUGCGGGCCUACUAUUAUAGCGUGGCAAGCAAGGCUGAGGACCUCCCAGGGUGUGGAAAGGGGGUUGAAGCUGCUUCUGUCUGAACUCCAGCCUGCCUGGGGCCUGCAAACCAUGAUGCCCCAGCUUCAGCCCCAUCGUAGGACCUCCAGUUUGGCUGAAGUCAGCUCAGCUCCUCUCCCCAAACCUUACCAGCUGGGCCGUGGUAAGGCAGGCAGUUGAGGCCUCAGGUUCAUACUGAUCUAGGGUUCCUCACCUGGUCACCUGUCCUCUCCAGUUGGGGGAAGAGGGAAGGCCCGGGAGGGUGGGGUUUUGUAACCUGUUCUUGGGCUAGAAUCUACCCAAGAGCCUUGAGCUGAG